AUGGCUGCGGCGACGGGUGCUGCGAAGACAUUGUCGCAGCAGCGGCGUGGCGCGAAACGAAACCGCGCCGACAGCCAGCCUGGCGGGGCGAACCCGUCGGCACCUGCCUCGAAACGGGGCGGCAGGCGCUGCGGCGGUGCUGUUUCUGAGAAGUUUCCUGGGCGCGUGACGGAGCUCGGCGGCUGCGCCGCAGGGGCUCAGAUCGCGACAAUGGAUGCCGGCCGAGCAGAGUCAAUUAAAGUGGAGUCGCAGCGACUCGGACGCCCCAGAAUCGCGGGGAAGAAGUGGCAACCGCCGAGUGUUCUUGUAACGAGCGGUGCUGAUAAGUCUGUGGGUGACGUCGGUCGCGACGGAGGCGCGCUCACUCCGUCGGACACGUCAGCUUUGCAGCCACGUCGGAUCGGCGCGCUCGCAGGGUCCUGCCUGACCCUGACGGAUCGAAUGAACUCGCUGACGUCAUCACUGACGGACCUGACGGCCGCCGGAAGCAAUCCCGUCAGCCCCACGACCCCUACCACCGUGCCGUUGUUCGGGGGAGCUUCUGGCGGCGCCGCGAAUGGCGGCGGAGUUGGCGCCGUGCAUGGCGGCAGUUUCAAUGGGAAGGCUGCAGCGCAGGCGUCUCAGCUCCAGCAGCUGAUGGCUCUGGUGGUAACCAAUGCUACUUCUGGCGCGCCUGGUGCCGAUUCCCCAUCGUUUCCUGCUCUGGCUCGUGCUGACGGGAGGCAGGGACCUGGUGACGUGGCAGGAAGCCAGCUCAGCAUGCUGGUGGCUGUGCUGGCAUCAAGGCUUGUUUCCUCCCGCAUUCUGCACCGCCUAGCCAUGACGACAGCUGAAGCGGGAAUUGUUGAGUUCCUAGACGGCACAAGCGAGAAACAUGGCGGUAGUCACGGCGGUAAAGGAAAUAAGCGACAGCGGAAGCAGCUAUCCUCGUCGUCCUCGUUUUUAGACCGUUUCGAUAGUGGCAGUGACGAUGAGGAACCAGGUGGUAAAACUCGUAAACGCGGCGUUCACUCAGCCGCAAACGCCGACGCGUCUAACGAUGCAGAAGCAGGAUUGUUAUUAGACGGAGGUGACACUAACGAGGGGCGAGGUGUAGAGGAUCGAAGAUCACAAAAAAGAGCUUUAGAGGCGGGAGCGGCUGUUGCGCUAAGAGCGGGGACCGCGGGGGGAAAGGGGAAGGGAACGGGGGGGGCUGCGGGGGAAAAGAGAAAGGGCGCUUCCUCUACUACGCGCAAGAAGGGGGUUAAGGGACAGGGUUUAUCGGGAUCUCCUUCGGAAGGUUCUAGGGGAGAAGGGUUGGGAGAUGCAGAGGAGGGGUUUGCGGAUUACGUAGAGGAGGAGGAUGAGGAAAGAUCAGGAGAGAGUGAGGGAGAGGAGGAGAGUGAGGGAGAGGAGGAGAGUGAGGGAGAGGAGGGAAGUGAAGAGGAUGAGUUGAGCGGAAGUGAGAGUGGGGAAGGGGAGGAGGAAGGAGAGGAGGAAGGAGAGGAAGGAGAGGAGGAGGAGGGGGAUGGGGACGGCGCAGGAGCAGCAGGGUCGGGAGCAGCCCCUUCAUCAUCUUUCGCAACAGCCUUCGCGAGCAUCAUGGCGAAGAAGGUCCCUGUUACCGGCAAGGUGCGCGAGAGCAACGGGGUUCCGGGUGCUGGAGGAGGGGAAGGCAGCGGCAGCAGGGCAAGCGCGCAAGAAGCUGCUGGAGGAGGGGAAGGCAGAAGCGGGAGUGGCGGUGCCGUCUGUACUUUCUCUGCUCAUUCCCCCUCCUUCCGCCCCCUCGUCUCCCCCCUUUCCCUUCCCUCCCACCAGGCGCCCAUCCUAGCAGCGCGCAAGAAGCUGCUGGAGGAGGGGAAGGCGGCGGCAGGAGAGCGAGCUUCAUUCACUCCAGUCCUUUUUUCCGCCUUCCUCCACCCUUCCCCUUCCGCCUCCUUCCCCCCUGAACCCUCCCCCAGGCGCCCAUCCUAG